GGUUGGCAUUAUUUUGUACACGCAAUCAAUAUUUAGCAUCACUUCCAAAAUGGCAGCGACGGAGGAGGAAGAAAUUGACCCCCGAAUUAAGUUGGAGCUGGAAAGAUUAAACACAGCUACUGAUGAAAUCAACUCUAUGGAACUUCAGUUAGAUGAGGCUAGAGCACUCUUCAGGCAGUCACUAACUGAGUCUACCCAUAACCUCAAUGCUAUCUCUAAGAAACUUGGCAGCUGUAUUGAAAAGGCACGGCCGUAUUAUGAAGCAAGACAAAAAGCUAAAGAGUGUCAGCAAGAGACGCAGAAAGCUGCCGUGAGGUUUGAGCGAGCUAACAGCAUGCUAGCUGCAGCUAAGGAGAUGGUGGACCUAGCUGAGCAGGGUCUGAUCCAAGAAGGGAGGAAGUUUGAUGCCAACUGGCAAGAAAUGCUCAAUCAUGCCACUAUGAAGGUUGCCGAAGCUGAUCAAGAGAAGAGAGUGAGUGAGCAGGAACACAUGCAGACAGCCAGUGAGUUCCAUCGAGUGGAACGAGAGCUGAAAAACCUGCAGAAAUCAUUACGAAGAACUAUCAACAAGUCAAGACCCUACUUUGAAAUGAAGUCUAAGUUGAACUUUCAGCUUGAGACUCUACAGAAGCGUGUUCAUGAGUUACAGGGGCGAGUGACGAACUCCAAAGAGGCGUACUCCAACGCUCUACACAACCUAGAGCAAAUCAGCGAUGAAAUACAUGAGCAACGACGUUACCAAGCCGCAAAGCUCGGUGAACGAGGGAUGGGCGUAGGUGCAGAGUCAACCCCGGAGAUACCCGCAGAGGUACCCUCAAACCGUUACAGUUACCCAUUUUAUGAGAUCCCGCUGGCACAAUGCCAAGAGAGCCCUGGAUCCCCGCAAGGUUUCAUUCCCGAGUCAAUCUGUAAGGACGAUAUGUACGUACGACCGCCAAAGCUACGCAUGCUUCGUAGACCUCUGAGCUUGCAGGAGGAUGAUAUGUCACCACCAGAUCCACACUCGAUACUCAAAGCAUUCGGGUCGAUCGAUAGAUUGGAUGAGAUGUCGGAUACAGCGAGUUAUCGAUCGGGGUUAUCGUGCGAAAAUCUGGACGAUUGUGAUUCGGACUGUGACUCAGCAUUCUCAACGCCCGGUCACUCACGUCAAAGUAGCUACAACACCAAAGAGACUGCAGACGCUGCGGAGGUUAUUAAAAAACUACAGGAAGAGGAGGAGCAAAGGUCAGAGGUCAGCUGCCAGACUAUCACUGGCGACAUAGAUGAAAAAGCUGGAUCCUUGGUUUGACCUUUGAACCUUAUUUGACCUUUGCACCUUGGUUGACCUUCAAAUCUUGUUUGACCUUUAAUUUAUAAACAUCAGCAUUUUUCCUUCGCUUUAUUUUUUAUUCAAGUAAAUGUCUUUAAGUGAGUUGAAGUAUUUGUUCAGUAUUUUUCAUGUUUGUGGUCACUGAAAAGAACUUGUGGCAUUUAUUUUCACGUAGAUGACUUCAGGCCUGUAUACUUUAUAUUUGAAAGGGUAAGGGCGCCAAUUCUUUGGUAAAGGGCACCAUUGAGGAAACUUUAAAUUUCUGUUGGAGCAUUUCAAGGGCACCAAGGCAAUUACCAGGGGCAUGGAUGCAGUUGCCUCCAGUGCCUUUGUGAAGUUUCAGGCCUGGUGACUUUUAAGAAGCUAGUGUAAACAAGAAAGGAAUCAGUUACAAACAUCUGUGCUAUACUUAGCACUUUGGCUGGAAACCUGAUAUUACAAAGGAAGAUAGAUUUACUUAAUAGGGUUUCUUUGUAGACAGUUAAUGAACUACAGCCUUGAUGAUUGGACGGUUCUUAAGUCAUCUGCCACUCUUGAAGAACCAAUCAGGAUAGCUUCAUUACAAUUAUGCUAAUUUUAAAGGAGCGGUUUCAACAUCUUAUCACCCAGAAGUGUCACAUUAUUCAAGGGAUUGGUAGCAUUUUAACCAAACAUUUCUUUAUUUGUAAGUAAACAUUUAUUUUCCACUUUGAAAACCUUGUAUUCAGAUUUUUAUGUCAGUAUAAAUGGAAACAACUUUGGUUGUUUUUUAGACUAGAGUCAGACAAACUCCUUUUAAAUUACCCCAGACAUUGGGAUUUUUAGGUACACCACUAACGUCCGGCUGCCAGCAACAAAUUUAGAGCAUUCCAAAGUUGUUCUGGUCAUAACAAACUGUCUGCCAUAAAAAUGUCGGUCAAGAAAAGCUUGCAAAUGAAGGGCUUAAAAGCAGGUCGUGGUCAAGUUAUCUAAUUCUACAUUUGACAUUUCACUUAUUUGGAAAACUUAAGCAUAGCAAGAGUAAAAACACCCACAGAAAUAUCUCUUGUAAACUUAUUGCCACAUUUGCAUGGGUUAACACCAGACACUCAGAAGUGAUGUUCUAAUAUGAUUACAUUAGCCAUGUUAGCAUGUAGUCCAAAUGAUUUGUAUUUAAAGCAUUUAAUCACUUUAUUAUCAGUAUUAACAAACAAAUGAAACCUCUACAAGUGCCAAAACACUUAAACUUGUCAAAUUACCAAUCAACUUGUAAAUUCUUUGUGGCAAGUCCAUUGAUAUUCCUGUAACCAUAACCACAGUCUGGCUUGGAAUUCCUUUUAGCAUUCGGUCAGUAACAUCACAACCAAACAAGUUUUGCAGUCUAAAGUAUGGUGCUCACUAGCCUGAACAUCUGAUGUCACACCUCAAGGCUUGCGAAUUACAAUGUACGCAUAAUCACCUUUGACCUUGGUUCUGGAGAUUCGCAGUUAAAUCAGCAAACAUCAUAACAAACCAUUACCUUACGGAUGAAGACAGGGGACCAGUCUUGGUACUCACCAAAUUUACUGUUAAGCUUCCCAAUUGCCGACCUCAUACACAGCUGAUCAGCAAAUAUAGACAACAUAAAGCAAUAUUUGAGAUCUUGUACAAUAUAUCUCUGUCCUAGUGAAAGUUCGGAGAUACAGUACGCAAUUUUCUUGCAAAUCAAACCAUGACAGUUAACUGGGGUUUUUAACAAACCUUGGGCUAAAUUCUGGCUCUUGAGUUCGUCCAAAAUUGAUGUUAGAGCCCAAAUAGAAGACAGCACCCAAUCUUGAUCUAGAAACUCAGAGGCAUUUUCCAAUUCUCUGCUUAGUCUCUGUCUCUGGUUCCAUUUGAUGUUGGAAACACCAUACAAAAUAUGCACUGCUUUUAUAUUGAUGAUGGAGCCCAAACUGGAGCCAGAGCCCAAAUCUAGGUUUUGAAAAGACCCAAAUCAAAAAGAACUAUCAAGAAACCCAGGGGCGUUUUCCAAACCUCAGAUUAGGCUCUGUCUUUACAUGUCUUAAGCUCCAGGCUUUGUUUGAUGUUGUAAACACCAUACACAAUAUACACUGCUUCAAAAUUGAUAAUGGAGCCUAAACUGGAGCCAGAGCUUCAACCUAGGUUUCUAAAAGGCACCUGGCCUUCUGAUGUGGUCAAUGUUAUGAUGAUAACGGUGGACUUGCCCUUUCAAUAUUUUUAACCGUUAUAAUUUGACAGGGUAUGUAUAGUGUAUAGUAUGUAUGUAGCCAGAGAUAUCACAUUUAAAGUAUUUUCGUACCUGUGUACAUGUGUUGAUUGUACAGUAUUGCAAUAAUAUAAUGUACCAGAUAUUGUAGUUUGUAGAUUUUUCUAAAAAUUGAACCUGUUCUAUUGUUAUGGGCGGGAUAAGACAGGGGUAAAAGUUCUCAUGUACAUUGACUUACAAUGCAUUGUUGAUGGUGAAACAAAGCAUCACAAUGAAGUUAAAAAGUGUGGUAAAAGUUACUGUGCAUGUUAUUUAAUCUUGUUUAUAAUGUGUUUGUUGAUCAUUUAAAUGUAAUUUUGAUAUUUUUACACUUUUGAAUUAUUUCUGAUUAUCGAUAAACAAAGUAGGUCCCAACCACAAGGUAAAAAAAAAAAAAGCUACACUUCUGCCUUUGGUGGCUGCGUCAAAAAGCCAAUAUUUUGCGUCAUUUGUGGGGUGUUGCUUUGUUAUUGCACAAAAGGACUAUACAAAACAAAGCUCCCACAAAUGACAACAUGACAUAAAACUAACAAGGCUUUUUGUGAAACUUUCUGAAAAGUCCUCUUUUUGUAUGAUGACUAUCUGUAUACUCUCAUGUGAACUCAAUUUUAGCACAGAUCACUUGUUUCCUUUUUUAAGCUGGUCUUUAAGCCAUUGAAAUACUUUGUUGAUUGAUUUUUUAAACCAAAGAUGCUCGGAUGUGAAUGAAUUUAAAGAAGGCUGCUGCAUAUUUGCAAUGAAAAUUAUGAGUUUCUAGAUAACUAUCAGAUUUUGAAUUGUCAAGUGAAUUAUUUUAUUGCUUUCUGAAUAACUGAAAUAUUAUUCAAGGAUUGUUUAUCUGAAGCUGGACAUGCUUUGUGUUAGAAAGGUACAAUCAUAGUACUGAUGUUUUAGUUUAUAUGAAAAUAAGCGACUAAGACUGUUUAGUUUUUACACAUGCUGGAAACCCAAUUUGCUCAUUGUCACUCACACUGAAGAGAUGGUAUUUGGGAUUGUGAAUCGGGAACCAUGACCUCUAGGGCCAUUUACUAUUUUUUGCAUUUAUCAUCUUUAGGAGAAAGGUUUCAUUAUAAACUAGACAAGCAACUCUAGAAUGUACAGGAACGAAUUUCAUAGAGCUGCUUGGGCAGAUAAUAGUUCUCAACAUUUUCCUGCUGAGCAGAAAUGGGCAGGACAAAUGAUACAUAUAAAAUGGUUAUUUGGCUGGUUAUCUUAUUGUGCUAAGCAUAAGUUUGUUGUGCUUUGAUACUUUUUGUAUUUAAGCAGCUCUAUGAAAUUGGGUUCUGGAUUACCAAUGCCAAGUUCGAACUGUAGGAAAAUGAAUGGGAUUGAAGUUACUCGUGAUUCUUGCAUUUGAAACUUUGCAUUCUUAAAAACUUGUUAGAAAUAGUUGAUUUUUUCAUGUUUUUCUCAGCAUUAUUAAGAUUUUAUUUCACUUUGCAAAGUUUGCUUUAAAAUCCCUUCACACCUUGUCGUUUUUACAUCCCCUUAAAAAAACAUUCAAUAUAUCGCCAAGUUUUCUUGAGCAAAACGUUUUGUUAGUUAAUCAAUGAUGACAAAGUUUAAUUUUCUUUAUUCAAAAACUUUUCUGAGAUUGAAGAUCUCUUCAUGUAAAUCAUUUUUCUGUGGGUGGGAGAUCUUUGAAACGUUUUAAAAACUUUGUGUUAAACAAAGACAAAUUGGUUAGAGUAGGACUUGAACCUGCAACCUCUGGGUUACUGUGCAGGCGCUCUACCAACUGAGCUUUCUAUCUAGCCCUAUGUUGGCAGUCUCCCCUGGGUGCUGCUUCCAAGUUUGUAUCGCAAACUUGGGUGUGGUGAUCCCUGGCUAUACGGCAACUACAGGUUGAAUGGCUUCUAACUGGAACCCUGAAUAAAGAUAUUGACAAAAUGGGGAGACGGCCAACAUAGAGCUAGAUAGCUCAGUUGGUAGAGCACUGACAUAUUAAUUUGGAGGAGGUUGGUUCAAGUCCUGCUCUGUCAGCUUCUCUUUGGUCAACCCCAAAUUAUGUGAAAAUUCAUCUGUCAGUUUUUGUUUAACUAUUACAAUAAUUUGUUUAUUUUGUUGAUGUAUAAUUUGUUGUGAUGUUUGCCUAUGAUAUCUAGCACUGGAUGGACUGCUAACAUUGUAACAAUGAAACAUUAUUAUCUUGUCUUUUUUAAUACCUUUGUAUUUCUUACAUUCAUUGAUAACACAGAUAGUAAUAAUAUAUAAAUGUAUUAACGGUUUGUAUUCCACCAGGUCACCUUGUGUUGUUAAAUAAAAUUAUAGUUUUAAUAUUCA